GUCAUUCAUAGUACGUAGCUCUCGGAUAGCAGUGCUGUAGCUCGCAUCACAAUGUUAUCGCGGGAGGCGCGUGGAUAUAAGGCGAUAAAGAUGGCCCGAGUGCACUGUACCCUAUGAUAUCACGACCAACGGAGGCGUGUACGCGGUAGUCAACAAACGGGUUUCGUAAGGUCCUCAUUACAAUUAAUCGACGAGUUUCAUUACGUUUCAGUCGUUCCGUGUAGAAAGUCGUAUCUUUGUAAACUAUCCCACAUUGAGAAGAGCGAAAAUGGCAUUAUACAGUUUAAAAAGCAACCUGCAAUACGCGACGCUGAAGACCCUAUCUCUGGUGUCUAUCAGCGUGAUGACGCCCCAGCAGACGGUGCAGGAGCUGUUCCGGACAGCGGACUGCGUGUGCUUCGAUGUAGAUUCGACAGUGAUCCGGGAUGAAGGGAUCGAUGAAUUAGCCAGGUUCUGUGGAAAAGGAGAUGAAGUUAAACGGCUUACGGCAGAAGCUAUGGGAGGAAGUAUGACGUUUCAGGAGGCCCUGAAGAAGAGGUUGGACAUCAUCAGGCCGAGCGUCAAUCAGAUCAGACAGUUCAUUGCAACUUUUCCUAUCAAUCUCACGCCAGGAAUCACGCAAUUAGUAAAGGCGUUACAAGAUAGAGGUGUGACGGUGUAUCUGGUGUCUGGUGGAUUCCGCUGUCUCAUAGAUCCUGUGGCUGAGCUUCUCAACAUCCCAGUCUCACAUGUUUACGCUAAUAGACUUAAAUUCUUCUUCAAUGGUGAGUAUGCGGGUUUUGAUGAAAAUGAACCUACGUCGCGUUCUGGCGGCAAGGGGCUGGUGAUCCGGCGGUUGAAGGAACAACAUGGCUACCAGCGGCUUGUCAUGAUUGGAGAUGGUGCCACAGAUGCGGAGGCCAGUCCGCCAGCUGACGGGUUCAUAGGUUUCGGGGGUAAUGUGAUAAGGGAGGAAGUAAGGAAGAAGGCGGCGUGGUACGUCACUGAUUUUCAAGAGCUGCUUACCUCUCUUACGAUUCAAGCGAAGUGAGCCGCAAUCAAUUUUAGACUUUAUUGCCAUCGCAACACGUUCGAUAGUAACGUGGCGAUUAGAUAAAUUUGACAAUGGUUGUUCCAAGCAGUGUAAUUUAUAUCUUAUUGUUGAGUGUUAAGAGCGGAAUUCGAUUGCGCAUUUAUUUACGUAUGUGAUUUGUUGAAGUACUAGAAGUACAAAUGUUUUAAGUAUUAUCAGGACUUAGUUCUGAUUGUGGAAAUGUCCUUUAGAUAAUGGUUUCUGUUUGCGUUUCCAUUGAUUAAAAACAUGUUUAGAAAACACAAUAUUUAAAAACGUGUUGCGGCAGUGGAAACUGACGAGAACAACAACAAAUUAGAUGUGAAAGCGAUUUGUAUGUAUUUUAAAUUUAUAUUUAUUUAGAUAUAUUGUUAGUUCAAUUUAGUUGUUUUUGUAUAAUUUAAUUAUCUGAUGAAUAAUUUUAUAGUUAAUUUUCAUAUUUAUCUAAUGUAAGGACAAGUCAAUUGUUGUAUUUUCAUAGUUUUGACUUUUACGUUUGUAAUGGUUAAGUUGUGAUGUUUUUCGAAUGUUAUUCUGAAUUGUUUUAGACAAAAAAUGGCUGUGUACUUCCUAGUUUGGUAAAACAAUUAAAUAAAGUAUUUUAAGAAUA